CAACAGCAGACGGGUUGGACUCCUCUCUCUCCCCACGACAUCAGCAAUCGCGCAGCAUAUCCUUUCACUUGAGUAUUCAUUGACAGGCGCUCCAAUUAUCGCCAGCAAGAGGUAAUACCCUUUCUUUAUCUUUGGCCACAGUCGGAAAACAGAAACAAAAAAAAUAGAGACACCCGACCUCAGCAUCUCUUUCACACCCAACCCAACCCCCCAACAACCAAGGCGCGCGCGUCCCGAGCCCCUCCAACCUGCUGGCGAACUUGGCCCUCUUGUCAAGACGUUGGCUCUCGGUCCCCCUCCGACGAUUCUCCUCGAGUUCUUUGGCGGCUCCCCCCGUUCGCCCUUCGAUCUCUUCGAUCUUUCGGUGAAUGGCUCUCUGAGCGAGCUGCAUUCUCCGUCAACUCGACCCCGGUUGGACGCUCACACGCUUGCAUCCAUGCCCAAAGAAAAGGUCGUCUAUUCCAUGCAAAAUCUUCCACCUCCAGCAUCUCAAGUCACACGCUUCCACCCUCCGCCACGAAUCCCUCUUCUUUUCCGUGCCAGGCUCGCCAGAUCAAGCCUUUUCCGCCGAGCCCCGCCCUCUUUGUAGAUGGCAGAUGGUGACCGACAUCCGAUACAAGCCUUCUCGAGCCCGCUUUCGUCCAAUUUCAGCUCCAGCAGCUCGAUCGCCAACGGCAUACUGCUCAACUCCCUUUUGUCACACCUAGUGACCGCCCAACCCACUGCCCAUUCCAAGACAUCGGCGUCUCUUGGCCAAAACCUGCGCGGCAUGUAUGGUCAGGGGCCCCAGCAGGGGCACAACAAUCGCCUCAGUGGCGCUCCAGGGCGGGGUCAGCCCAAUAUUCCGCCAGUGCAGUAUCAACAGUACAACUACGGUCAACAGCCACAGGGCCAUCCACAUCAGCAUCAUGCGCAUCACCAUCAGAAUCUUCAGCCAGACCCCGGUGUACACGGGUUACCGGCGGGGAACAUGGGGCAUUCAAGCUACUCCACCGGCGCCCAUCAAGCCUCUAGCCCAUUUGCUGGCGGGAGCCAUCCUAGCGGGCAAACUGCCACCACUAGAGGUGGUUCUGGUCAAGCAAUCUCGGACAGUUGGGGAGAGCAGCUCAAAUUGUACAAACAAGCACAGGAGGCGCAUCAAACCAUGGUUGAGCAGCACCUUCCGCACUAUUAUGCACGGGCCAAGGCAUCCGACAACAAGGGGGUGGUGUAUGCUUCCGAAGGAACGACAACUACAGAGGACCAGGAAGUCGCUAGAAACCGGCCCUCCUAUACCACAAACAAGCUUGUCAAACGACAGGAUUGGCACAACCUCGACCUGAGCGGUCAAGGGGUGCGCAAGAUUGCGCGGGCCUUGUUCAGUUACGAUUUUCUUGUAGAGCUGUACAUUGCGUCCAACAAGAUUACCGUCUUGCCUCCAGAUAUUGGCAAACUAAGGUGCUUGAAGGUUUUGGAAGCGUCUCAUAACGAACUGCAUGAACUGCCCCCCGAAAUCGGCAUGUGCACAAACCUCCAACAGCUUAUCCUGUUUAACAAUCACAUAACAAGCCUUCCGUAUGAACUGGGCUUCCUUUACAAACUGGAGAUGCUGGGUCUCCACGGCAACCCACUCAUGAACGGCCCGUUGAAAGACGAAAUCAUGAACAAGGACACGAAGAGCUUGAUCAACAGUCUUCUCGUUGACGCUCCAGUCCCCCCUGCUCCCGCUCCUCGUCUUCCCAUCACGGUGCAAGAUGAUGUGGCGUCUAGCCUUGAACGUGUCAGCGUUUUAACGUGGAAUAUUCUGUGCGAAAGGUACGCGACCAAGCAGAUGUAUGGCUACACACCGCCCUCAGCUCUUGAAUGGGACUAUCGCAAGCAGUUGAUCCUCGACGAGAUCUAUGACCGCAACCCAGACAUCGUCUGCCUCCAAGAGAUCAGCAGGAACGCCUAUGAGAACGAAUUCUCUCCCUCCCUGGCCAAACACGGUUAUAGAGGUAUACAGUGGUCAAGACCCAAGGUGAAGACAUUGCCCAACAACAUGGUAGGCGGUGUUGACGGCUGUGCUACCUUCUGGAAGACCGACAAGUGGAUUGUACUGCAAAAGGAGAUGCUUGACUAUUCACACCUCACCAUCACCCGCCCAGAUCUCAAGCAAAACCACGACGUUUACAACAGGGCGAUGGGCAAAGAUAAUAUUGGGACGAUUAUCUUGCUGGAGAGCCGAGUAACAGGUUCUCGCUUGAUUGUGGCCAACACGCAUCUGGCCUGGGAGCCUGAUCUUUGCGACGUGAAGCUAUUGCAGAUCGCGUGUCUGAUGGAGAACAUCACGAGGCUCGGCGAUAAGUGGACACGAACCCCGCCGAUGGCAAUCGACAAAAAGCAAGCGAUUCAAGGGAUCCUCGAAGAAGGAGAGGAGAGGCAGGAGCUUCCUCCGCCAGGCCCUUCACAGGAGUAUCGCAACAACACGGAUAUUCCUCUGAUCAUCUGCGGCGAUUACAACUCUACGCCCAGCAGUGGCGUUUACGACUUUCUUGCCACUGGUCGUCUUUCCCAUGAUCACCCCGAAUGGCUUGGUCGAAAGUACGGAAACUUCACGAGAGACGGUGUUGAGCACCCCUUCAGCAUCCGUUCGGCCUAUGCCCAUCUCAGAGGUGGACCUCAUGAACUUAGCUUCACCAACUACACACCAACCUUCCGUGAAGUCAUUGACUACAUCUGGUAUUCCACCAACACGCUGGAGUUGGUGUCGUUGCUUGCUCCUCCGGACAAGCAGGCUCUUACGCGGAUUCCCGGCUUCCCAUAUUAUCACUUCCCAUCUGACCACAUUCAAAUCAUGGCCGAGUACGUGAUCCGGCCCCGCAAGGACAAGAGAGCAGUCGUGGAGCCGGAUUUUGGACCAAGCAGCCGGCGGACUUGAAUGACGCACCCUGCUCCUUAACCCGUUCCCUCGCUUCGUUCCUCUCUGGGUCGGUCUAUUUUGAGUUUGGCGAACUGGUGGGGCAUGGACGGGCACAAGGUGUUUGGGAAUUGGAUUCGCGCUCGAUCUCAUGUUGUUUAUGGUUCCUAUCGUUGUUUGCUUGCGAUGAUCACACCGGGGCAGGCUGGGCGUAUAUACGGGGCAGGGGGGCGUGGGUUAAGGGAAGGCUUUAGCGAUUGGACCCAAAAGGGACAUCUUGCAUUGAGCGAAACCGGCGCGACUGUCUUUUUUUUUCUGGGUGGACGGGAAAGAUAGACAAGUCGUGUUGCUUUUGGGGGAAAUCUUGUAGGGAUACAGUUUUUUUUUUCCGUCUUUAUUUUGUCUUCUGUUUCAUUUGCGAGUAGGGGGUUUAGUGGUCAUUGGCUCUGUUGAUUUCAUUUUUGGUUGUAUGUUUUCUGCUCACAUGGAAUUCUCGCUUUUCUUCCUGGCCUCGGUGCUCUCUCUUUUCUGCUGCAGGUCGAAAAAAGUACAGGCGCGCGGAAUGGGGGGGGAUGCUCUUGGGAUAAGAGAGGUUCAUAGCGUCACAGCGUACCUAUGCAUACAACAGCGGACACACCAGUCAGGAGUGUGGACUGUUUCAAGCAUGUGUGAACGAGUUGAUUGAGUGAGCGAGUGAGUGAUAGUGUGAAACCAGCAAAAGAAAACUCGUGUAUCACUGUCUGCUCAAAGAUCACCCAUAGCUAUCCCCUCACCCUCAUGCUUCAACAACUUGUCGUUCCACAUACCCUUCCCCCCAGUCAAACACAAAGCAUUGAGAUCAGAAACAGGAAGAUACAAAGUCGCAAUGUUGCCCACCCCCAC